AUGUUAAGUAAAAGAUUUGGGAUACUGAAGGAUAAGAGAGAUUUAGAACUAUUACAAGUGCAUAUUAUAAGGUUAAGUUGACUCCAUGAUUAUAAUUAGGAGGCGGAAGCCAGUAUUAUGGUAUGUGAUGUUACUUAAGAAGAUACUUUUGAGGAAAUAGAUAAGUAUUGGUUACCUGAAGCUAAAAAAUACAGAAAACAGAAUGUUUAUAUGUUGGUGAUUGGACGUAAAAAAGAUUUGGAAGAACAGAAAUAAUAAGUUAGUGCUACAUCUUUAUCAAAGAGUUGAAAUACUAAAUCUUAAGAGGAUUGCCAGUCACAUAAUUUAUAGUUUGCUGAAUGUAAUGCUAAGACAGCUGAUCAUGUAAACAACAUAUUGAUUGAACUUUCUAAAAUGGAAUAGAAAAAAAGAGGCAGGAAAUUGAUGAGCAUUUUCAUUAAAAUAUCAUAUUUUUUUCUGUUAUUUAUGAUUUACAAAUGA